AUGAGUGAUACAAAUAAUCAAGAUAUACCCAGUCCUGUCGGAUUGUUGAGCGAUUGUAGUGAAGAUGAAAAUAUUACGAGUCAAGAUGAUGAAGGUUUGUUGAAAAAUAACUUAGGAACUGUUGACCUACAACGAAAUAAGAGAGAAAGGAGCGAAAGCAAUGAAUGUGAAGAAGUUGUGGACGAAGAAGGUUUUGUAACUGUGAACAGAAAAGCAAAACGUUUGAAUCGGAACCCAUCCAUUGAUGGUCUGCCGCAUAUUGACAUGACUACCCGCAUUGCAGAAAAUAAUAAAUUUGAAAUUUGUAUGACUUCUAAAGAACCAUUACCGAAACAGAUUGCCCUAGCUAAAAUGUUGAGAAAAUAUAACAUAGAUGAUAUAAACAGAAUUAAAUACAAGAGUAGCUUUAAAGUCUUAAUAUUAUUUGAGUCACAAGGAAAAGCCAAUGCCCUAUUAAAUUGCAAAGAAAUAGCAGAACUAGGAUUGAAAUGUCAAAUGACAUCUGAAUUAAGUGUAUCUUACGGAUUGAUUAAACAAAUAGAUUUGGAGACUGAAAUCGAAGAGCUACAAAAUACUUUAAAAUGUGAUACGGAUAUAAUUUCUAUAAUACGACUCAAGAGAUUAAAUAAUGAGGGCAAUUGGAUUGAAAGUGAGACCAUAAGGAUAUGUUUCAAGGGCCCGACUUUACCACCGUAUGUAUAUGGAUACGGUUGCAGGUUUAAAGUCGAGCCUUAUACUUUUCCAGUCUCUCAAUGCUCCGGCUGUUGGAAGUAUGGACAUAUAAGAAAAUACUGCCCGUUAAAAAAAGUCUUAUGUCCGAAGUGUGGUCAAAAUCACACCAAUUGUGAAAUAAAAGUCUUCAAAUGCUUAAAUUGCAGAGGCCCCCAUUUGGCAUUUGAUAAAACCUGCCCUGUAUUUCUAAAAGAGAAAGAGCUUCGAAAUAUUAUGUGCAAAGAAGCCUGUUCAUACAAGAAGGCUUUGGAGCUGCUAUUGAAAAAUAGAGAGGACGUGACACAUACAGUUAAAUCAAGUGAACAAACAUCGGAACAGAAAUCGGUUAGUCAAUCUAAAAGUUACCGAGAUGCAUUACUGAAUGACAUUCCUGAUAAAUGCAUAGAGCAGGAAAUCAAUUAUGAAGAAAAUGAAACAAUAUCAUCUGAAGAGCUGCAUGGACAAAAUAGAAGAACAGGACAAAAGAAAAAGAUAAACAAAAAGUUAGUGACUGAAGAAGAUGGGGAUAUAGAAACUUUGAGGAUGGAAUGGAGCGACGAUAGUGUCGCCGAACAACAGGCUUCAGAGCAAAAAGAAGAAAAGGAUAAAAGCACUCUUAAAAUAACAUUCUUUAAAUUAUUGCAGAAAUUAAAAGUAAUUAUUAUGUCUAAAUCGAAUUUUGAAGAGAAGGUGAAAUGCUUUUGUAAAAUUAUUUUUGGAGAAAUAUGUACAUAUGUAGUAGAAAUCAUAAAAAAGGGAGAUUUUAUUAACAAGAUAUUCCAUGGUUUUGAUGGAUAGUAACAAUAUUAAAGAUUUUUGUAUUAAUAUACUGCAGUGGAACUCGCAAAGUUUAAGACCAAAGUUGACAGAAUUUGAGUCACUGCUGGUCAGAGACAAAAUACACAUUGCAAUAGUCUGUGAAACAUGGUUGGAGGAGGGAAGCCACUUGAACAUUUCACAAUAUAGUAUUUACAGGAGAGAUCGACAUGACAGAUAUGGCGGUGUUGCAGUUGUGAUACAUAAUUCUUUAAAAUCCGAAAUAAAGUCUACAAGAAUUAAUAAUACUGGCAUAGAAAUGAUACACGUAAAGAUAUUUAAUUGUAAAUACUUAGAAAAUAUAAUAUCAAUUUAUUGUUCACCCUCUGUAACAACUAGACAAUCUGACUGGGAUAAUUUAUUCUCACUAUACACGAGUAAAACCAUAAUAGCUGGAGACUUUAACGGGCACCACUCGAAUUGGUCGUAUAAAAAUGACGCGAGAGGAAAUCAAAUCAUGGAUUCGGCACUAGACAAUGGUUUUAUACCCAUCAAUGAUGGCAGCGCAACUAGAGUUAAACUUGUGAAUAACUUAUUACAACAAACAUCACCGGACAUUACCUUUACCUCGUCCGAUGUUGCAAUUCUAUGCAAGUGGGGUGUAUUUGAAACUUUAGGCAGUGAUCAUUUAAUAAUCAAAAUCAAAAUUAACUACCGGGAUUUUGUGUCACAGAAAAUAAAAAAGAGGAAUUUUAAAAAAGCUAACUGGUCAGCAUAUUCUGAAGAUAUUGAAACUUUGUUUAAAAGAUCUACCUGUGCUGGCACCACACAAGAAAAGUAUACAUCUUUCAUCAAUAUUAUUAAUAAAUCGGCAGAUAAAAACAUCCCUUCCAUUAAAAUCUGCAAUGAUCCAAAAAAGAUUUUCAAACCUAAGCCUUAUUGGAAUCAGGAACUAUCGAAGGUGGUAGCAGAAAGAAGACUAGCACUGUCGCAAUUUAGACGAAAUCCUACUCCGGGAAAUUUAACUGUGUUAGAAGAUAAAACUUUAAAGGCCCAAGAAGAAAUACGUCGAACCAGAAAUGAAAACUGGCAAAAAUUUUGCACAGAAGUUGAUAGCGGUAUUUCUUCUUCUGAAAUGUGGAGCAGAAUGAGGUGGAUUAAAGGUUACAGGAGAGAUAAGUAUUACGCUUCAAUUGAUAAAAAACAGGAACUUUUGCACAACUUGGCCCCUGAUUCAGUUCAGUCUUCCAAACCUUUUUUUACAUCAAAUAACUUAUUAUUAGAAUCUGAAUUCACCUAUCAAGAGCUGGAAUCGUGCAUAAAGAAAAAAGAUACAGCCCCAGGUGACGAUGACAUCACAUACUCCAUGAUAUACAAUCUCCCUCUUAUAGCAAAAACAUUUUUGAUUGAAUUGUACAACGAAAUAUUUACCUCGAGUAAAAUCCCUAUUGAAUGGCGCAAAAUUAAAAUAAUUCCUAUACCAAAACAAAAUACUACUAAUAGAGACAUCAAGUUAAGACCAAUAUCAUUAAUAUCCUGUUUAUGUAAAAUCUUUCACCUGAUGUUAAAUAAAAGAAUGGAAUGGUUUAUUGAACACAAUAUGAUAUUGUCUUCUGGCACAACAGGUUUUCG